UCCUAACCCCCAUGGGUGUGUGUUGUGUCUCCCUUUAGAGCGGAAAAACCGGGACCUAAACACGGGGGAAUCAUAUAUCCUUUAAAAUGCAUCUGCUAUUUAUUCAAUCUAGUCUUCAGACCUCGUACAAAUAACCCCACGGUUCUCCUUGAAGAGCAGACAUAACUUUUGUAACUGAAGGAAGUGAAGAGGAAUGCUCGGGAAAGAAAACUCCCGGUUAUACGAAGAGUUCAAUGAUGAUGACGAUGAUGAUGAAGGUACCAGUGAGUCUCCAGGCUUCUUUGACGAUGCCGCUGAAGACCAGGAGCCCGAGGAGACGAACGAAGACGUCGGCGUCUCACAAGAGGAUGACAGCAGUGGAAACAGUCCUCCAGUGAGAUUCAGUAAAACCUGCCUGAAGAAUUUCUUCACGGUGUUUCUCAUCUUCAUCUACCUGCUGCUGACCGGGGUCGCCGUGUUCCUGGCCUACCAGACCAUCUCGGACUUUCUGGAGAAACUAAACCACCCUGUAAUGUCUGUCACCUACAAGGAGGUUGAGUCGUUUUCACCCCCAGGUAUUGCUCUGUACCCGGGUAAGGCUCAGCUGUUAAGCUGCAGGCAUCACAAUCAUGACUACAUCCCGCCUUUAGUGGACCCGGGCAAGCCUCAGGAGGGAGACUGUGUGAUUAAAGACGUGACUUACUUCGGGCCAUUCAGCAAUCAAACCGAGAGACGAGCUCUGGUGGUCCGCGGCCCGUCUGACGUCAGAAACAAAGAGCUGAUCUUUAUGCAGUUCAGUCAUAAUGAAACAGAAGAGGACUUCAGCGCCAUCACUUACAUGCUUUUUGCCAAGUUUAGUGACUUGAUCGAGAGUGAGAAUAAAUCCGACUUUAUGAGGGACUGUGAGCAGAACUACUCCAUGUGGACUUUCUCCGGAGGAUUCAGAACCUGGGUCAAGAUGUCGUUAGUGAGGACGUCUGGGAAAAGCAGCGAAUCUGUCGAGUUUCGCCAAGAGUCUGCUGUGGUGAAAUUCAACGACAAAAGGCCUGAAUCAGAGCAAACCAAUCAGCUCUUCUUUGCUGUGUUUGAAUGGAGGGAUCCUUUUAUGCAAGAAAUCAGACUGAUCGUGACUGCAAAUCCCUGGAACUCUAUCGCCAUUCUCUGCGGCGUCUUCAUGGCUCUCUUCAAGGCUGCUAAUUUUGCCAAACUUACAAUUCAGUGGACAAUUAAAAUGCGUAAGAGGCAUCUGAAGAAUAAAUCUCGGGAACUGAACCCAAUAAGCUGAAAUGUUCUGCAGAAAAGCAUCUGAUAAGAUCCAAAUUAUUGAGUGAGUUUUAUUUUCACUAGAAUUUUGUUUAGGUCACUGCUUUCACCAUUUUUAAUCACUGGUAAAGAUUAUAAGCACUAAAUAAUGUACACGUUUGUCAGAAAAUAACAUUUUUUAGACACAGCGAUAUGUUCUUACCGACUGCUAGAUUAAUCAUUUUAAAAGAUGGACACUUUGACAAGAACUCAGUGAAUUUUUAGUUGUGGCAUUUCAAAAGAAGAACUAUUUCUUUGUACGCACAUAGAAGAAAUCGUUUGUUGCUGAAAGUUGAGACA